AUGCCGCCUCUAUUCUCCAAAGUUCCCUACGUUCCCCCCGACGCAAUCUUCGAGCUAACAAAACUCUACAACGCGGACCCCUCGCCUCAAAAAGUCAAUCUCGGGCAGGGCACAUACAAAGACGAGAACGGACAACCCUGGAUCCUCCCCGCUGUCGCGGCAGCGAAAGAGAAGGUCCGAGAUGCGAACCAUGAGUACUUGCCUAUCCUCGGUCUCGCGGAGUUUAGGGCCAGGGCGGUGGAGUUGCUGUUGGGGAACGGGGCGGAAGUGAUUAAGGACGGGAGGGUCGCAUCCUGCCAGGCCCUCUCUGGAACAGGAGCGCUGCACACGGCCGGAACAAUGCUCUACAGAGCAGCCCAAACUGCCGGACGGGAUAUCCCUACAGUAUACAUCACAAAGCCCAGCUGGUCGAAUCACCGACAAGUCUUUGAGAGUGUCGGAUUCCCCGUGCGUGAGUUCAAUUAUACAACAUCUGACAACAGCGGGGUAGACAUGGAGUCCCUCACGGAAACCCUAUCUCAAGCCCCCGCGCACUCGAUUUUUGUGUUUCACGCCAGCGCGCACAACCCCAGCGGCUGGGAUCCGACAGUCGAUCAGUGGAAAGCCAUCGGCAAAAUUGUUCAGGAACGAGAAUUAUUCCCAAUCUUCGACGCCGCAUACCUCGGCAUGACAUCCGGCGACUUCGAUACGGAUGCCUGGGCCCUCCGGUACUUCAUCCACGACCUACACCUCGAAGCUGCGGUGUGCAUAUCCUUCGCGAAGAGUAUGGGGUUGUACGGUGAACGCAUUGGUCUCUGCGGAUUCGUGACGGCCUCAGCUACAGCGGCUACAGCGGUUGAAUCGACACUGGCUCAGCUGAUCCGCGUGGAGAUUUCGAAUCCGCCGGCGUUUGGGGCGAGGGUUGUCGCGCAAGUUUUGGGGGAUCAAGGGCUGAGGGAGCAGUGGGCGGGGAAUUUACAGACUAUGAGUGGGAGGAUUAAGGGGAUGCGGUGGGCGUUGUAUGAAGGGUUGGUGGAGUUUGGUACGCCAGGGGAAUGGAAGCGCAUCACGGAGCAGAAGGGCAUGUUCUGUAUCCUGGGGUUGAGCUUGAACGAGGUCUUGCAUUUACGCGAAAAGUAUCACAUCUACAUGGCUGAUAGCUCGAGGGUGUCAAUUGCCGGCUUGAAUCCGGGGAAUGUGCGGUAUGUGGCAGAGUGCAUUGAUAAAACUGUCAGGGAUUUCCGGAAGAAAGACUAG